AUUUUUCGCGCGUUAUUAACGUCAUAGUAUUAACCGGUGAAAAUUAACAAUUCUUCAAGUAUUUCAAUAUAAACAGCUUUGAGAACUAAGUAGUAAAAAUUAAACGGGGUCUUAAAAGCUAAUUAAAUUGUGUCUUAGUACAAUAUUUAAUGAAUAGUGCUUGUAUAAUAAAUUAUCUACGGAAUAAUGGAUAAUCUUAUCUUUCCAACAAUUUGUAGUGAAGAUCAAAACGCUACUACAGAAGUAAUACGAAAGACAAAGGAAAAAAAUAAAACAGAUAGUAGAGAAAACUCUACCAGUAGAAAAAAAAUUAAAUUGAAUACAAAAAAUGAGACUGAAGAUAGUACAAAAAGAAAACCACUUGAGCUGGAAACUGAUCCAUCAGUUUUACAAAGACGUCAAAAGCAGAUAGAUUAUGGAAAAAACACUGUUGGUUAUCAUUGUUACAUGAAACAGGUCCCCAUAGACAAACGUACAAAGGAUGACCCAAAAACACCAGAUAAGUAUACAAAAUAUAGCAGAAGAUCUUGGGACAUGUUAAUAAAAAUGUGGAGGAAAAAAUUACAUCAAUAUGAUACUGAAGCUAAUAAGGACGACAAUGAAUCAGACGAAUCUUCAUCUCAUUCUUCAGAUUCAUAUAUACAAUAGGGGAUCGGACAGUAAUCUGAUUAAAAUCUAU